AUGACGGUCGAUGGUGAUGAAAAACCGGAGAGAGAGCGAGUUUUUAUGGACAUUUCAAUUGGAGGUUUGCCUUCCGGUCGUAUCGUCUUUGAAUUGUUUACAGAUGUAGCUCCGAAGACUGCGGAAAAUUUUCGUGCCCUGUGCACAGGUGAAAAGGGGGAGGGCAAAGUAACAGGAAAACCGUUAACGUAUAAGGGAAUGGUAUUUCACCGAGUUGUAAAGGAUUUCAUGAUACAAGGUGGUGAUUUUACAAAUGCUAACGGUACUGGAGGAGAGUCUAUAUAUGGUGGUACAUUUGAGGAUGAAACCUUUGAACUGAAACAUGAUAAACCUUAUCUUUUAUCUAUGGCCAAUAGGGGCAAGGACACUAAUGGAUCACAGUUCUUUAUAACAACACAGCCGGCGCCGCAUCUCGACAAUGUGCACGUAGUGUUUGGCCACGUGGUGGGCGGAGCGGCGUUAGUGCGUCAGUUGGAGGCGUUGCCCGUCGACAGGAACUCCCGACCUCUGCAGGAUGUACUCGUGACUGCUUGUGGACAACUUGUACGGCUCAAAUCAGGUAAAAAGCGCAAACAAGAAAAAGAAAAGGAAAAAGAUGGAAGUGAUGAAGAAUCAGACCAUUCACAUAAGAAUGACAAGAAGAAGAAGAAAGAUAAAAAAAAGAAAAGACAUCACUCGGGUCCGUCAGCAGACGAGGAAGAGGCUGAAGAAGCCCCAUCCCAUCCUCUUGUAAUGACAUCAAAGAUUGACCCUAGAGAAAUACCAGAAGUGCCUACAAACAGGUUCCUUAUGAGGGGGGGUAGAGAUCAGGAUAAGGAAAGGGACCCUCGGAGGGAUAGAGAGAGGAUGCGGUUUCGCGAAAGGGAACGCCACAAUUAUACGAGAAGUGGGAGGAUUAUAAAGGGUCGUGGUGUAUUUCGCUACCGCACUCCAUCUCGGUCGCGCUCGCGUUCCCGCUCGGUGACGCCGCCGCACUGGAGGCAGGCUCAGCGCAGGAUCAUCAAGCUGUCCGACUUCGAGGAACGCAUGGACCAGGAACGCGCUGAAAGGGAACUCCAGGAGCCAAAGAGGAGGCCCGUCGACAAACCUCCUCUCAAUGACGGAGAGCCCGGCACCCCCGAGCAGGAGAAAGAGGAGGGCGAGUGCGACAGUACUUUAGAUCAUUCACGUCACGAGAAAAUUGAUUACAACGCUCUAGACUUUGAGGAGGACAUUGACGACGAAAACUAUGCCCGACGAGGCGGAAAUCAGAGACGAGGUCGCGAUGUCCGAGACGUGCGGGACAUGCGAGACGUGCGCAACGUACGCAACACGCGGACCGCGCGGGACGUGCAGGACGCGCGGGACGCACGGGACGCACGCGGCCCAUCGCCCCACCAGCGAGCUGAAGACCUCGCACGAGCACUGGGGGUCAAUCCAAGGCACGACCAGCAAAGAGACGCGCGCGACUUUCGAGAUAUGCGAGAGGGUCGGGAGCGACGGCGGGAAGGCUUGGCGUCGAUGGUGCAGUGCGUGGGCGGCGCGCCGCAGCGCUCGGGCACGCCUCCGCGCGUGGGCGCGCUGGGCGGCUCCGUGCCCGUCGCCGCGCCCGGCGCCGCCCAGCCCCCCAGCGCUGAGGGCUACGACCCGUUCCGCUUGCUACGCAGCACCUUCGCUAAUCAGCGCACCCACAACUACAAGGACCAACGAAAAGAGGAACGCCAGGAUCGCUUCGAUGAUCGUCGCGAGAAAGAAAAGGAUAGAUAUAAAGAAAGGGAGAGGGGAGAUAAACACGAAAAGCACAGGAAUGAAAGAGACGACCGCAAGCACUCGGAGCAUCGUAGAGAUGAGAGAGAUGUCAAAAGGGAGGCGAGAGAUGACAAGAAAGACGACAAAGAAGCCAGAAAGAUAGACAAGGAAAGAAAAGAGGGCAAGGAUGUUCGCGAUAACAAGGAUGAUAGAAAGGAGGAGAAAGACAAAAAGGAAUUGAAACGUGAGAAGUCGCGGGAGGGAGAGAAGAACAGAGACAAAUCCAACCGCCAUAGGGAUGGUGAUAAGGAAGGGAGGGAUAAGAAGAGUUCUACAAAGGAGGGUACGAGGUCUCCAAAAGAACGAGAUCGCAAGGACUCUACUUCGGAAGGCCGCGAGAAGACGCAGGAGAAGACGUUGCUGGAUGAUGACAAGAAGAAGGAGGCGGAGCGGAACGAAGCGCGCAAGGAGCUGAUGGAAAUCGUCCGCCUCAUAAAAUCCAGACAACGCAACCGCGAGACCAAAGCUGCCGAAGUGAAGAAGAAAAAGCAUGGGUCGUCGAGCGAUUCCUCGGACUCUGAGGACGAGAAGCGUUCCAAACGCAAGAGAUCUUCCGAGAGGAAACGCAGCGCCAGCCCAAGGUCGCGGCACAGUCCGAAGCAUUCGCGUCGUCGUCGCUCCUCUUCUUCACACUGA